UUCUCUUCUAUCCCUUCAAGGAACUUCCAUAAGAUUUAGGCGCAACCUUCCUCAUUGAAGCAUCAGCGAAGAUCUGAUGAGAUGGUGUCUUUCUGUGAUUAUGAAAUUUACUUACUCUUUCUUCUGCUGGUAAAGUUUCACGGGUCAGGGCAAUGGAACACACUAAAUAUGCCUUGGUUAUACUCUGUAGAACAGGGGGGUUUGGAUGUGCCUUUCACCCAGGAACCUCAUAAUCCAAGCUACUUUGAAAAUGGUAGUGAAGCCAACCUGGUGUGGGACUACACUGAUCCACAUAAUAACAUUCAGAGCAUUUUCUAUAGUGUAGGGGGCUCUGGAUAG